UAACUAAUUAAAUGCAAGUGGGGACAGACAGCUUGCACAUGGUUGGACGUUAGUCGUACCUGUGGUGUCAUUUUUAGUGCGGGAAAGCAUAAGCAGUAAAAGGCGAGGACGCGAUCAGCCCUUGAAAGAUGAGACUGAACUUCGACGAUGUUCUGCGGCACCUGGGGGAGUUUGGGCGCUAUCAGAAAUGGGUGUACUUUCUCCUGUGUCUUCCUGGACUCACCUUUGGUAGCAGGAUGAUGAUCAGCGUGUUCCUCCUCAACGUUCCAGAACACAGGUGCGCCAUCCCCGGCUACAUCAACGACACCUACGAUGUACAGUCUGUCAACCACGCCCAUCUUAUCAACGCUACCAUCCCCUACGUCAAAAGAGACGGCAAACUGCAGCUUGACCGUUGUCACAUCUACAGUGACAUUGAUAACAUCACCACUGUGGGCGCCAACCGUACAGUGGUCGGCUGUAAGAAGUGGGUGUAUGACAAGUCAGUGUUCGAGUACACUGCCUCAAUGGAGUUUAGUUUUGUGUGUGACGACGCCAUACUCGCAACUCACUCAAAGAUGAUCUUCAUGGGUGGGUGCUUCUUUGGGGCAUUUGCUUCUGGAGCCCUGGGCGACAAGAUCGGGCGGAAGAAGGCUCUUUAUCUGGGAAUUGUGUCCCUCAUCGCUGGGGGAAUCAUCCUCAACUGGUCAAGCAACUUCGUCAUGUUCGUCAUCCUACGCUUUAUCAACGGUGCCUCAGCAACCGGAAUCUAUACCACUUGUUUCGUAAUGGGUAUGGAGAUAGUAGGUCCCUCUAAGCGUGUAUGGACGGGGAUAAUUAUCGAGGUGUUCUUCGCACUUGGCAUGACGAUGUUGUCCGGAGUUGCCUACUUCAUCCGAGACUGGCAUACGCUGGAGCUAGCCAUGUCCAUCCCUAUCGCCUUCUUCCUCAUUUACUGGUGGCUCAUUCCAGAAUCUCCAAGAUGGCUGAUGAACGAGUUCCGGUAUCAGGAAGCGGAAGUGAUCAUUCGUCGCGCAGCAGACGUGAACAAAGUCAAGUUACCUGAAAACCUGUUUGAACAGCAAGAGAAGACAGAUGCUGAAACACAUGAUGACAACAAACCCAAGGGCAGCUUCUUUCAUCUCUUCACCACUCCAGUCAUGUGUACACGAACUCUCAUUAUAUUUUUUAACUGGAUGGUGGCCAGCAUGGUGUACUACGGCCUGUCCCUCAACUCUGACAACCUUGGGGCAGGCAGCCUCCACCUCAACUUCCUGCUGGUAGGCCUGGUGGAAUUACCGGCCUGUGCUUUUGUAUUGGGACUGCUCAACAAACUGGGGAGAAAGGUCAUGCACUGUGCAUCUAUGUUAGUAGGAGGAGUGUCCUGCAUUCUCACCAUCUUCACCAUCCUAUAUGCUGAUCAUUCUUUACAGUGGGUCACUGUGCUGCUGGCUAUGAUAGGGAAGCUUGGGGCAACAGCAGGCUUUGCAAUCAUCUACAUCUUCUCCUCAGAGCUGUUCCCCACUGUCAUCCGCCACUCCGCCACCGGCGCCAGUUCCUCCUUUGCCCGGGUAGGAGGCAUGAUAGCACCGUAUAUAGCAGACUGGGGCAAGUUGGUUGGCGGGGACUUUGGCCGCGCCCUGCCACUUUUAAUGUUUGGCGGUCUGGCCGUCCUGGCAGGUCUUUUGUCCUUACUCCUGCCGGAAACACUCAACAGAGACCUUCCGGAGACCAUUGAGGACGGGAUCAAGUUUGGCAGAAAACCCAUUACACACAGGUCCACAAACCAAGAAGAAAAGCAACAAGGCCUUUCUUUGCUUGCAAUGGCUGAUACCACAGACGUGGAGGAGAAUCAUCACCCUCAAAACAGACAACCAAUAGCUCCAGUCAAUAGUUGAUGUUGGUCUUGAUGUGCAUUUUUAAAGUCAACGUCACUGAUAAUCGUGUAUGUAAUCAGUAUUCUUAUCACAAAGGUGUGAAGAAAAAGAUGGGAAUGAUGUUUAGUUUGAAAACUUUUUUAAUGAUUAUUUUUACAGUGUUUUCGAAGGUUUACGUAUAGACAUUAUGUUAACCGUAAUUGUCUUUGUCGUGACAAAUGAAAAAGAAGGUCUACACACACUCGUAUCAUAACUUUUAGACCCGGUGAGAAUUUCAGGGAAGAAUUUGUUUCCAAUAUUCUGUACUUGUCUUACGCGGCGAAUAAGUUGACCGAAUGGUCAGGCUCGGUGACGUGGUUGGUUGCAUGUCUGCGUGUCCCGAUGGCGUGGGUUGUUGCUCAUGAUAUCACUCACUGCUUUUUCUGUUCAAUAUUCGAUUCAUUACAGUUCGCCGUCAUAUGGCUUGAUUAUUGUUGUUUUCGGCGUUAAUCAACAGACACACAAACAACUAUAAAGCGAAAGUCAAUAUAGACAAGUAGAAAAUGAAAAACAGCAUGCAAUAUCAUCAUCAAUAUAUAGUUUAUAGCAGAUUGCUUCUAUGUAUCCUGUUCUCAGACUGCUUUGGCGUAUGUACACAGAUAUUGAUAUACUUAAUAAUCUUUCCCUGUUCCAGUAUUGUUGUCCAGAUGCAUGCCCUACACGUGACAUGUAAAUUGGACUGCUUGUUAUGGUUUACUGCCUGUAUUUCACACUUGGAAAAGAAUAAAUGUGUUCAUGUAUUGUCA